AUGAGCCUGGAUUCCAUAUCCUCCCAGAUCAAUCUCCAUCCGGUUUCCUCGCCGUUCGGGCGAGCGUACUUCGUUCCCAGGAGCGUGCAGAUGAGGAAGCGCCGUCGCCUCAAGAUCCUCGCGUGCCUCGGGCCGCCGCCGAUCAUGUCCGUCCCAUGGGAUAGCCUAGCCCAUGGUCUGGUAGCCGUGCUGGCCCCCGCGAACUGGCCGGAACUGAUUCUUCCGGCGCUCGGGUUUGGCUCCGGCGCAGCCCUCUACCUCUCCCGCAGCCGUAAUCUCUUGCUGUCAGAUGAGAAUACCAGAAAUCGGAUUGCCUGGGGUGCCAGGGCAAUCGGGGACUGGAUCCUGAUCGCAAGCCCGACGCCGUUUAACCGGUGCGUCCUUCUCCGCUGCCCCUCUGUGUCGUUCGAGGGUGGUGGGUUGCUGUUGGAUGAUUUGAAUGACCAGCUUGUGAGGGAGGAGCGCUCUACAGUGUACCUGAGCAGGGGUCGGAUUCUGGCGAACGAGGAGGCCGAUGCAGAGGUGAAUGGCGUGUCGUACCAGAGGCUCUGUAUAGGCACAGAGGACGGAGGGGUUAUCGCAUUGGAUUGGCCAGAGGAUCUGGAACUGGCGGGGGAACAGGGGCUGGAUACCACAGUGCUGAUCGUACCUGGAACCCCUGAGGGGAGCAUGGACGGAAAGGUUCGCGCUUUUGUUCGUGAAGCACUCGGUCAUGGGUCCUUCCCCAUAGUCAUGAAUCCGAGGGGAUGCGCUGGUUCCCCCCUCACGACCCCACGGUAUGUAAAGUGGCCUACGAAGGCACGCAUAGUCAACUUGCAUAUUAAAGAACACCUGUAGUAGACAGCCCUCUCAACGAGAAGCUAGAGGCAACAAAGAAUCAGCCUAGGACAGAGCGUCAGUUGUUUUACCAAGUGAGUCUCAUAAUUCAACAAGAGCUUCUUUUAGAGCAUUGGCAUUGGCACCGGCAUGCAUGCGCAUUAGGGAAAUCUUUGUCCCAUAGUGCCAUAAUUGGGGCAUAAAUACUAAACGAUACUGUUUCCUCCGUGAAGUGAAGAUGCUGAUGAAGUUUCUAAUGGGUCAUCUGCAUGAAUCAGAUAAAUAUUUUAGUGUUUAUGAUGGCACGUGAAAUGGCUUAGCUGUGAGCAAUGACUGAUUUUAGACCCAAGACUACUGACCUUCCCAUUUAUAUUCCAUAAGCAUUUGUCGUGUGUAGCUGCUAUCUCGCAUUCUCUUCUUUUUUUAAUGUUAUGGAGUCGUUAGUCGUGAGAUGACGUAUAUUUCUUACAUUGAAAAAGAAGAAGAAGAGGAUGCCAUCCCUUGAAGUAUAUGUCUUCAUUUUUAUCUUUAUUUCCACGUCUGGCAUAACUGAUCACCUCUGAAGUUGGUUGAUGAAUCUUGCAGCAUGACAGUUGGAUUUCUGUUCUUUGUUUAUAGGUUAUUUACUGCAGCAGACAGCGAUGAUAUAAACACUGUUGUACGAUUCAUAAACAAAUCGAGGCCAUGGACAACACUGAUGAGCGUUGGCUGGGGAUAUGGCGCAAGUAUGUUAACAAAAUACCUCGCAGAAAUGGGAGAGAGAACACCUCUUACAGCUGCUGUUUGCAUAGAUAACCCUUUCGACUUGAAUGAAGCCACAAAGUUCCAUCCUCGUCUGUCUCGAAUUGACGAGAAGCUGAUGGAUGGAUUGGUAGAUAUUCUACAAGCUAACAAGGUUAAAGAAGUUCCAAUUGAUAUAAAGUUGCACACACUUCUUUUCCAUGCCAGGGGACUACUGUAAUAAAAUUCACGAGAUUUGGAAGCUUUACUUGAACGCCCUGUGGAGUCACUGAGUAUUGACCUGUGAUUGGUGAUGUUUUCAAUGUUUAGGAACUCUUUAAAGGCAAGAAUAAGGAUUUUAAUGUGGUGAAAGCUCUAUCAGCAAGAUCAGUGCGUGAUUUUGAAGCUGCUAUUUCUAUGAUUUCCUAUGGAUUUCAAUCCAUUGAAGAUUUCUACACAAAGUUUAGUACAAAAGAAUUAGUUCACAAAGUUAAAAUUCCUCUUUUAUUCAUACAGGUACGCAGUUCUGCCCCGUGAACAUGCUUAAUUGGAAUUGGGCACUUGUUUUUUUUUAUGAUAUUAUUUUCUGUGGUUUGUCCUUUGUUGUAUUUGAGGAUUCGUUCUUUAGCUUUUUAUCAUUAUGUUAACUGAAAGAGUUGGAUUGAUCAAGUUUAGGCAAUAACAUUGAAAUCCACCUUCCCAAGAGAGCGCACCCUUGAAAAGCUACUAUUGGCCUGGUACACAGAAAAAUGAAUGAUUCUAUCUUUUCCAUGUCUUUUGAUUUGCUCCUGAUAGCAUACCUUUCCUACAAACUAGGAUGGAAUCCAUAUGACUAAGUGAUGCUUGAAAAUAAUCAAGAUUUACAUAUUUAUUCAUUUUCUUGAAUGAAUGAGAAUAAACUACUAUUAUGCAUAAUCAGUCAGGCGAUCAGUGAAAAAAAGGGCAAAGGACACGUAAAAGAGGACCCUUUCAAGUGCCUGAUAUUCGUUCUUGGACUACUUUUGUUGAGAACUCUGUGAUUAGUCUAGAAAGCCAGAAAUAUGCCACACACGUUAUCUGUUUAAUUUGCAUGCAACAAAUGGUCAACGACAUGCUGCGUGAAUUUCGAGGUUAUCUUGGUUACUUACCUGCAAAGGAUACAUGAUAUUCUCGCACUGUGAUGUUUGUUUUUUGCAAAAUAAGGUGUCAAUUUUUUUUGGGAUUUGUGUCCAGGUAAAGUGAUAAUUAUAAAUUAAAAAGCCACGGAACUAAAUCUCAUGAUAUAGAUGCUAUCUCAAGGAUGCUUAGGUAAUCUUUAAGUACUGAAUUUUUUAUGAUAUGUUCAGAUGACUUUCUGAUAAAAAUCUCUGUAGAAGUUUGCACGUGCUCACAACAUUACUUGAGGUUUUGAUCAUGCUGUAUGACUAAUGAUUGGGGUAAAUUAUCGACAAUACUCUACAGGUGAUUGUCAGUUAAUCUUUAGUAUUUAGGGAGCUAACACUAUCUUACUUGUGCAGAAUGACGGUGAGAUAGUACCACUUUGCUCUAUUCCUCGCAGCUCAAUUGCUGAAAAUCCAUGUACAAGCUUACUCCUGUAUUCUCAUUCUCCCAAUGUUGUGAGAAAUAAGAGAUCUGCUGUUAUUUGGUGCCAGAACCUUGCGAUUGAGGUAAAGCUUUCCCUAGAAAUGUGGUAGGCGCGUUCUGAAAUGAGAUUUCAUACCAGCAGAAUGGCAUUUUCGGUUGGUAAUUUUUUUGCAGACUCGUUGCAUUCAUGCCCAAACCUUUAGGAGUUGAUAUGUGAUGCAAAUAAGAUUCUCCCCGGUUCUGUAUGUGUCUAUGUGACAUUAUCAAAACUGGUUUUUUUCGUUUUGCUUUAUUGUUUCUGAUUUAUGUGCAUGAAAUGACUGAUCUUGGAUUAAUUUUUUUGGAAUUUUGGGGACUAUCUAUUUUAAAGAUUAUGGAAUAAGUAUGCUCAGAAUUAUGGAUAGCUCUCAAAGGCUUCCUGGCAAAAAAAGUUCUAUGUAGCCAUGAAUUUCUUGUUCGCAUGCUUGAUAAGCAACUGAUUGGUAUUCAGAUGGCUCUGAAAAUGAGGAAAACUAUGAGUAAUUGUCGCUCCACUGCCUGACCUUGAUUAAUGCAACCUCUAGAUCUAAGAUACUCACUUCAAUUCAUGGCUUAUCAACAUCAAUGUGACAACCUUAUUCUGAGUUUUUCAGAAUUUGUCAAUCUCUGACCUGAUUUAGCGAGGGGAAUCAGGAUCCACCUAGGUCGUGCUUCUUGAAAGGUGUCUCAUCAUUAUCUCUCGCAAUAAGAGGUAUAAGAGAAGACGAUGAAGAAUUGACAAAAACUAAAAUGAAGAAGAAGAGAGAGGGGGAGAACUGUAUCAGAGACAUCAAAGAAGAGAAAAAGAGGAGAGAAGGAUAGGAAAAACGAAAACUACCUUUCUCACCAUCGACCACUACUUUCUCUACCUGUUACUGCUCCACACCUCAUUAGUGGGUAAGGAUCGAGAUGGGGUUUUUGUCAACACUCUAUACCCAAGCAAACAAAUAUGACCCCCGAAACAUUAUCAUCUAGAAUACCAAAAAAUGUACUCCUAAAAUUUUAAAGCCCCUUUUUUAUUUUCCUAUAUUUUUAGCACGCCCAAUUUAGUUCAUCUGAUCGAUUAAAGAUUGGAAUCAAUCAGAUCCUUAUUUGGAAGAGCUUGGUCCUCUUACCAUUAAGCCACAGUUCAGUCUUUUCCUUUUUAGUUCAGUCUUUUCCUUAUUGGGAUUUUUUCCACUGCCAUUGUAAUUCAAUGUGUGUUUUUUUCUCCAUUCGGUUAGACCCUACCAUUUUCAGCGAUUAGCAAAAAAAUCUUCUUUGUUCAUAUAUAAGUGCAUUACAUCCACCUUCAUAACUCGACAUGUUCUGUUUCAUUUAAUCAUCCCAAUAUUCAACCGUUUUGACCUAAUCUAGAUUCCAUAGUAUGAGAUUAUUUGCCGAGACACUGCACUUUUUUAUGGACGACGGGGAGCUUAGUCUGUCUUUUAUUUUUGUUAGCUCUACACUAUUCGACUCUUCAGAGUUUUGAACACGUGCUUUUGGGUGACACUUUAAACAGAGGCUAUUAACAGCAGGUUAUACCUCAUGAACAAGGUAAUAUACCCUAGCGCUACCUGUGGUAGCCUUUCAUGCGAAGAUUUUAUGAAAUGUUUAAAGGCCUGGAGGAUUGAUAGGAUAGUGCACAGCAGGGAGAUCCCCCCGGAGAUAACAGAACAAAAGCUAAAAAUAAAAACAGAAAAAAAAAAUAUAUUGCCUGACUUAUCGUUUAUUAUGCAAGUAUGUUCCCUAUCUUUGUGUCGUAUCCUUCUGUCUGGAUACAUAAUUGAAACUUUAAUAUUUCGAUGGUUUACUGGUGUGCCUUUUUAUGCCUGACAUUUGAAGAUUAUUUAUCCAUUUCUACGAUAUUUCUCAUAAUUGUUCGAGUCUUUAUGAUGGGCAAUUAGAGGCGAAAAACUCUACAUAAUCUGUCAGCACAUUAUGGUAUAGUAAGGAAAAUUGAGAAAAAGCGAGGUUUCUAUUUCUAUAGUUGAGUUUUAUUUUGAAUACCACUAAUUUUUCUGGUGGCCUAAUAUCACACUCACCUGAUGUAUGCAGUGGUUUUCUGCAGUCGAGCUUGCUCUAUUGAAGGGCCGCCAUCCCCUUCUAAAAGAUGUAGAUAUCACCAUCACUCCUCCGAAAAGCUUAGCCUUUAUUGAGGAGAGAUCAGGAAAGGAUAUUUCAGCUGAGGACAAAAUGCAUGGGGCUUAUGAUUCUAACAAACACAGAAGGAAAAGGAGACAGUUUUUGAAACUUGACAACUCACAUGCAUCAUCUGAUAGUUUAGUGAUCCCAAUUAGCUCAUUGCCUGGAAAAAAUGACUAUGCUUACCAAGGAAAUGCUAAGCUUGGUGAAACUCGAGUUGGAGAUCAUUUGAACGAUACUAUAGAAACACAGGAAAGUAGCCUUGUUAGGGGAUCUGAGGAAGGAGAAGGCAAUCUAACCGACAGUGAAAACAGUCAGGUUAUUGGACCAGCAAGUGUUUUGUUGAAUAUGCUUGAUUUCACUAUACCAGGUACACUGGAUGAUGAACAGAAAAAGAAGGUAUUGACAACUGCAAUUUCAUGCUCCACUAUCAAUAGUCCUAUGACAUUUAUAUAUAAUAUUCUUUCCUUUAACGAAAAACUGGCUCCUAUUCUAUGCCUCGAAAUAUGUUCUAUUUGGCGUUAGCUCUUCAUGCAGAUAACAUAAAAUGAAACUCCCCUAUGCAUAUAUCUUUUCUAUUAGCAUUUUACUCGUUCCAUAUUUUUGCAUAUGGACUACUACAAGUUAUAACGGAUAGUAUCUUACAUAACUAUUGAUCUUCACUGGUAACUUGUUGGAGAACUCUAAUUCUGAUAGUAUUCUUUCAAAUGAAACUGACCCCCUGAUGAAAUUUUUCAGUGCUGAGGAAUCUGAAGCAAUGUACUCCCUGAAAGAGAAAAACAUUACAGGAUGCGAAUGAACUUGAAUAAUAUUCUUCAGCCUCAUAAGAUUCACAUGACAUUUUAUUUAAAUUUGUAACACUUUUGAGUUUCUAGCGUGAAUACUUUGCUUUAUGUCGUAUUCCCUAGAUUUCUUCCUUUAUGUGCAUUAGUAAUAUUGGGCUCACUGGAGGUUUUUGAGGAAACAUAAAUUUAAAUUUCAUAGAGAUGGUCAUGAACAUGAAUAACAUUUAGGAUCCAUAUGAAAGUAAUUUUUUUGAUUUGGCACUGUCUUAAUCAUUUUUAACACCCUCAUCAUGAUUCCAUGAUAUUAUUCAUGAGAAGGAGCAUACUGUUACCGAUUCUUUGUUAGGUUUCUUUUACAUAAAAAAUUACUUGUAAUUUACCCUCCGUAUAACUUUGAUGAUGAAUAUCUAUUGCUAUACUCCGUCAAUUGAAAUGAUGGGGAAAUAUCUGACGGAUUGAAAAAAGGAUUGUGAUUUAGUUGCGAUUUAGUUGCGAUUGAGUCUUGAUAAAUCAUAUUGGAUGGUGAAAUAUUUGGCUCGUCUCUUUUACAGAUUUUAAGAGCCACAGAACAAGGAGAGACGUUCAUGAAAGCUUUGGAAGAGGCAGUACCAGAAGACGUGCGCGGAAAACUUACUUAUGCUGUUUCUGGCAUCAUCCAAGCUCAAGGAAGUAAAAUAAAUGUUGAUAUUCUUAAAAAGAUUGGAAGGGUUCCUGGAAUGGAGUCAGGAAGAAAGUCGAAGAUUCAAGAGGAACCUGGAGAUAUUUCAAACGUAAUUGAGCCUAAUGUCACAUCUUUAUCCGAUGACAGGGAAGGUUUUAUUCAUGAUCAGGAGACUAUUAAUGGUAAUUCAUCAGUUCCUCGUCGCCAAGAUCACAAGUCUCAAGAGAAAAACGAAAUUUCUCCAGAAAAGGAUCUUGAAGAUCCUGGAUAUUCUGGGCCUGAGUCAGAAAUUGAAGGCAAUACAAAGUCAGGUGAGCCGGAGAAGGCAAUUGCCCUGGAUACAGGCAAUGGACUUAAUCAGACGCAAGUAGUGGAUGUCAAAGAGUCUAACGAUCCCAGCAACAGUGAAGCAGAAAAAGUAGAUGCAACUGACGACAAUAGUAUUGCAAACUCCCUUGGCAGUAAUGAAAAGUCGCAUACAUAUGAUUCCUCUUCACCCGUGCACCAGGAAUUGCAGAAGGAAGGAAACAAUAUCAAGGACAACGGCAAUGGGAAUGUUCAAAAUACCACAAAAUUUGAAGAUCCAUCCUCCAAACGUUCAUCUGACAACCCUCCUUCAAUCAGUGUUUCCAAUGCGUUGGAUGCCUUAACAGGAUUUGAUGACUCCACACAGAUGGCAAUGAACAGUGUUUUUGGAGUUAUAGAAAACAUGAUUGACAAGCUGGAGAAAGAAACGGGUAAAACGGACGGUGAAGGAAGUAAGGAUGAUACCCUGGAGUGUGAUGACCCAGCCGAAGAAUCUCUUACAACUAGUGACCACAAAUCUGAAGACAGUGUCUCAAAGAAUGUGUCUUUACAAAAUUUAAAUGCCAUCCGAUCAGGCCAUCCUCUAAUUCGUUUCCCAGAUCAGCCUCCUGACACCGAAGGGGAUCUAAGGAAUGAGAAAGAAGUUAUUGAUGGCCAUAAUUUAACUGAUAGUGGCGUAUUUGCAACGCUUCCAAGAGACAAUGUCAGUUCUGACUAUUUAAAUAAGGUCGGGGACAUAAAAAAAAUGUGUCUAGCCUUUAAUGUGAACCAAUACUGGGGUUUCCCUUACAGAGCAUUUCGCCAUAAAUCCAUGCCAUCGCAGAUGUCAAAUGUGGAAUCAUUGGAUCUGAAGUCGACUACUGAUCUGUUUCUUGACCCAGAAGAAGGUCGAUGGAAAAUGUUGGACCAAAUGGAAAACAUGAAUUUUAAUCAAAAUGCUGAAGACAUUGAUAGUGACCAAAUUAUACAGUCUAUGUUACAAGAGGCAGACGGAGACAGACUUGGUGAGCCUUCCUCUGCAUUCCUAGACUCAGAGCAUGCAAAUUCACUGGCCAGGACUGAGAAGCAGCCUGAUCAUGACAGUUUUGCAAAAGACGAGGUAGUCUUAUUAAUUAGGGAAACUGUGCUUAAUGCACUGAAGGUUGAGGUAUCACGGCGCCUAGGGAAUUCUGAUCUCCAGGACACAGAUUCAAAUAUAAUGCAUGAUAUAUUGCAAGUCUCCAUUGCAGUUUCUAGCGCUGUAGUUCGUGACAGAGAGUUAUCUCCAGGAUAUCUGAGGUCCACGUCAGUGAAACUUGGUACAAUUCAAGGGCAACUGAUCAUUAGAACCAUCUCAUGUGUUGUUCGUGAUACAAGCCUUGGAAAAGUUUUGCCAGUUGGUGUUAUAGUGGGAUCUACAUUGGCAUCAUUGAGAAAAUAUUUUCAUGUCACUGUUUUGCAUAAUGAAUACCAGGUAAAAGAUGCAACUGAACCUCCUAUUAAUAUUGAGAACAGACAUAAUGGCGAAGAAUGUGAAGUUGAAAAUGUUCACGUUACUCUUGGAAAAAAAGAUCAAAACAUCGAUCUUGAUUCCCAACACCUUGGAGGAACGGUCACAGCUGAAACAUCCAAUUUACACAAUGGUGGCGCUGUGGCUGGUGCUUUUACAGCUGCUUUAGGCGCAUCAGCAUUACUGGCGCAUCAUCAGGUCACUAAGAAUUCCUUUGGAAAAGCAAUAUUGCGUUCAUAGUUUUAAUUGAAAUCCAAAAUAUUUUUUCCCUAAGUGAGUGAUUAUGACAAUUACUUGAUGGCCCCUUUCUGUUCUAUUAUUAGUCUCAAGCAUUUUUUGUGGUCUCUAAAUAAGACAACAGACAAACUAAAUUUAUUUUCUUCAUACUUGCGGAAAAGUCUGUAAUUAAUUUAAAUUUAUUACCAUAAAAUUGUUAGCAAGAAAGUCACUUAUCCUUUUUAUGCACUUUCUUCAUCUUGCGUUUUCUAUUUUCUCUGUUUAUUGGUUUUCCAUUCUUGACGUCAAAUUCUAAUGUCUGGCUGAUAACCAGUGCCGAAGUCUUGGCCUAUAUACUGGUGUUAUUAUGGGCCAUCCAUGUGUAUGACACCUUUAUAUGGAACUUGAGAAGCGUUCAGCGUAAAACAAAAUAAAAUUUACAGAGAAUACAGCUUUAUUUCAUUUACUCUUUUAGUUGAUUUAAUCACCAAUGGUGAUCAUUUACUGAUGGCAUAUAUAACCCUGAUACUUUUCUGGGACGGAAUCCAUCACGCUUCAUUUCUUGAAAACCAGCCAUCAAUUUAUGAUUGAAAACAUCCUGCAGAGUUCAGAAUUAUUUGCGAAAACUUGAUGCGAUCAUCUGAAACAUACUUGGCUACUUUGUGUAAGAGUAUGCUAAAAAUUCUACCUCCCUAAGGGUGUCGCUCGCUGUUCACAUAACUUUUAGAAAAUUUUAGAGGCCUCUCUUAUUGAUCCUAUCCUUAUUUUUACGGUGUUUUGAACAAAAUAGAAUUUUGUGUGCAGUGGUGGGAAGCUUUUCUAAUAUAAUUUUUAAUGAAGAUUAGGGUAUUUUUGUCUUUUAUUUUUUUAAUUAUUCAUUAUGUUUUAUCCCAACCGCUGCUUAUAACAGUGGCAGUGUUCGUCCUGUGAUAUUUUUAGGAUUGACCUUAUUUAUAAAUAGAUUGAGAGCAGCUGACUCACUAUCUUUUUUGUUAUGUUAUCUUCCUCUCCUUGCAUUUUUCUUAUCCGCUUUUCCAUGGACAUAACCAAAAUUAGCUGUGUUCUCUUUUAGCCACAUUUUUGGCUUUCUUCAUUGGGCAAUGUUUCAUGGUUGACUCUUAAGUGGUAAUCUAACAACCUUUUUGGCGUUCGCGUCAAGCUCCCUGUUAGUAAUUCAUCAGCAUCUGAAUCAAACCAUUAUUGAACUAUAUUUUCCAAUAUUAUAUUUCCAUCCUAGCAAUAUUUAAGUGGAUGCUUUAUUCAAUGAUGUUUCUAUUCUUUUCAAGAUAAUGCUCGUGUUGAUGUCUGUGAGCAUCUUGUUCUAGGUAAACGCUAUCAGCAUAAAUUUCAUUUUAUUUGUUUUUAUCAGGAGAAAAAUAAACUCCAUAGGUCUGGCAAUACGGCUGAAUUUUCAUCUGGUCCCAUGGGAGGAGUUGAAGAAUCAGUCAAGCUUCCUGAUAAGCUUCAGGAAGUGGUUCAAGAUAAACAGCAGAAUAAUUUAGUGAGCACCCUUGCUGAGAAAGCAAUGUCCGUUGCUGGUCCUGUUGUGCCUACUAGGGAUGAUGGCGAAGUUGAUCAUGAAAGGUCAUAUUUUACUAAUCGUUUUUACAACAUAACGUUGAAAAUUUUCUCUUUCUUAAGGUCUUAAGAGGGCGGUAACAUUUUAUUGAUGUGAGCAGGUUGGUCGCUUCACUUGCAGAAUUGGGACAGAGGGGUGGAAUUUUGAGAUUAAUUGGUAAAGCUGCGUUACUUUGGGGUGGCCUACGUGGUGCAAUGAGUCUGACGGACAGACUUAUAUCAUUCUUGCAGCUUGCUCGGCGCCCCUUGUUUCAGAGGUAAGUGAAGUCGGGUUCACUCAUCUCAUAGAUCUCUGCAUAUCAUAAAAUUUUGACAAAUUAGGCUCUUUUCUUAUAUUUAUUUAUUAAUAAUAUCCAUAUAUAUAUAUAUAUAUAUGUCAACAUCGUGGCAUAGAUUUACCUAUCACACAUAGUAACUAUUUGUCUGCCUUCUGCCCACAUGAGGGUAAAUCAUGAUUAUGACUCACUGGGACCUCAGAUCACGUCCCAAAGCCACAAAUCCAAUUUUCUUGAAUGGUUUUAUAAUCAAAUAGCGCCCAUAUUUUUACUGGCAAUUUCUAGGGGUUUAAAAUUGAAUUAUCUGGAAUGGUUUUUUAGGCAAUAAUUAGCUAUGGGAGAUUACUUAUCGUUGAGCUUUCCAUCAAGGAUGCUAGCACGGCAGAUGUUCAUAUUUGCACCUGCUAAUGUAGUGGGCUAGAUGUUCAUAUUUGCACUCUUAAUUAAUGAAAGUCUAUAGUCGGAUAUCCUUUUCUUCUUUUUUUUAAUUCUCAAAUAGUCAAUCUCAUUCAUGAAUUCCUUUGAAAUUCUGAUUUUAAGAUUCGCACAAUCAUUCAACGUAGAGAAUAUUGACCUCACAUUAUGGUUAAAUAUGUAGGAGUACUUUUUUUUUAUUUUCUAUAUUAUAUAUAAGAUAAGAUCCAUUGUAUGCACUUAAAUGCCAUACAUUGAUGUUUUAAAAAACAAAAAUUCAGCCUCAAAAUUUCCUAGCAGGAAUCUUUGAAAAGGGGACGGAAAAUCUUUGAAAAGGUGCACAUAUGUGCAUCUGUUGCAUCAUGCAUGUUCCUCUUAAUUUUAUAUUUACCUCUACACAGCUACUCUCCAAGCCAUAAUUAAAAUAAUGGACCUCAAUUCACAUUUAUCAGCGUUGUAUAAAAGAUGACAUCUUCAAUCUGUUUCAUGAUACCCGUCAUGUAUCCUAUAAAGCUUGUAGCAUUAGCUUGUUGUUUUAUUUUUUAUCUCAGAAAUUACCAAUUAUCGUUUUGCUUCCUUCAAGGAAUUUUCUGGUAAAUCCAACUCUCUCUCGCUCUUGUCAGACUCUUAGGAUUUAUCUGCAUGGUACUGGUCGUUUGGUCUCCAGUGGUCAUACCUUUGUUCCCAUCGCUCGUUGAGAGCCGGAUGCUGAGAAGUACCAAAGGCGUUGCUGAAUAUGCGUGCAUUCUGGGACUCUAUAUCGCCGUUAUGAUUCUCGUUGUCUUGUGGGGAAGAAGAAUUCGGGAAUACGAAGACCCACUUCAACGGUACGGAUUGGACUUCAGAUCAUCCAAGGUAGUACCAUUUUCUUUGCUCCGCAGCUUUUGCAUGGAUAACUUACAGAUUAAGGUGUACAAAAGUCAACCAUUUUUUCUAAUGGUUAUAUGUUUAUUGGGUUGACCAUAAUCCACGAAAUGUAUCAUUAGCAUUCGAACAUCUCGUACGAACAGUUUUUUUUUUUUUUUUUUUCCCUUUCUCUUCUGUCGAUCUCUUGGAAAAGGCAGAAGUUGAGGAGCUACUGAUCGAAAUGACUCCCUUGCAACCGAUUGCCUGUGUGCAGGUGCAACACUUUCUGAAGGGUUUCGGAGGCGGGAUAACGGUGGUCGUCUACAUACAUUCAAUAAAUGCCUUGCUCGGAUUUGUAUCCCUUGCCAGGCCUCCUAUUCAUUCCUCACCUUCGGUUCACGCCGCCGUGCUGCUCAAAACAUAUGCCUGGAUGCUGAUCAGAACCCUUCAAGGGAUUGUGACGGCAACUUGCAUCGCCAUGGUCGAAGAGGUACUGUUCAGGUCAUGGUUGCCUGAGGAAAUUGCUGCGGACCUCGGAUACUACAACGCCCUCAUGAUUUCAGGGCUCAUCUUCUCUCUGCUUCAGAGGUAAUGCUCUCUGGGUUCUUCCCAUGGACUGAAAUCAUACACCCGAGGUCAACUCUUUGCAAGACUUCCUGCCAGGGGAGUUCUUCUCGUAUCUAGUCAACGGGGUCUGAUCGGUUCUACUUGAUUUGCCUUCUGCAGGUCCCUCACAUCGAUUCCUGGGUUCCUGCUCCUCUCUCUGGCCCUCUGCGGGGCCAAGCAAAGAGCCAACGGCAGCCUCCUGCUCCCGAUAGGGAUCAGAGCCGGCAUAAUGGUGGCCAACCUCGCCGUCCAGGCCGGUGGGUUCUUGUCCUACAGGCCCGACACGCCCUUCUGGCUCGCGAGCUCCUAUCCCUGGCGCCCAUUUGACGGCGCCGCCGGCCUGGCCGUCUGCCUUCUGCUGGCCGUAUAUCUUCGUCCACGUAGAGUACUGCGCUCGGACGCCGAACCCUAA